AUGGCAACAGAUACAGAGAUGACUGAAGCCUCUCCUGUUGAUACCCUGCCGCAACCGAACGACGGUGGCCGCAUGCACAUGUCAUCCCUUUCAUCAUCUUCAUCCAUAUCCGACGCAGAAACCGAGCGCCGAGGCCGAUCAGAACGUCCGAGAAUGGCGAGCCGCAAACCCAGCGCGUCAAUUUUGGUUCCGCGGGACCAUCCUGAAAUUGAGAUCGAGGAGGAAGAGUUCCCUCCCGAUGAUGCCCGAGCCAUGAGCCCACGACGCAAUUCCGCCGACCUCGAGCGCCUGGGCAAGGAGGCUAGACAGACUUUAAAAGAACAGGCUAAAGCACUUCAAUCGUCCCUUCAGGCUCUCGCCGAACGCAUCGAUGCAGUCAAAUCAGACCACGACAAGUUGGAAAAUGAGAACAAGAUUUUACAAGACUACAUCGGUGGUCUUACUCGCAACAUGACCAAGAGCGAAAUGACCCGCAGUACAAAAGCACGCAAAGCGCAGCGGUAA